ACAAGUUCUGCAAAGAACACAGCGUGAGAGCUUUGCCCGAGGAGUGCUCUAAGUCUAAAGUGACUUCAAGAUACACAGCAAUGACAACAAGAAAAAAUAAGUAGUAGAAAAAUAUAUUACAAGCUACAACCCUAUGCAGUUAAGAGGAGGAAAGAAGAUUGUGAUGAAAAAAAAAGAGGCUUGGAAAGCGAGCAGAAGGCUACAGCAAUACAAAGACUGUGCUGAUCGGGAGGUUAUAUCUGUGAACCCCUGGCAUAAUAUUUGAAUUAUAAAUAUAAAAGAAUGGCAAGUCCUCUACCUCCCUAUCCUAAAUCACGCACAGGGGAGAAGUUGCAUCAGUGUAUGGAAUGUGGGAAACAAUUUGAUUGGAAAAGUUCUCUUACUAGACAUGAACGGACCCACACAGGGGAGAAGCCCUAUAAAUGCAUGGAAUGUGGAGGAAGCUUCAGUCAGAGUGGCAGUCUACGUUCCCAUCAAAGGACCCACAUAGGGGAGAAGCCCUAUAAAUGCAUGGAAUGUGGAGGAAGCUUCAGUCAGAGUGGCAGUCUACGUUCCCAUCAAAGGAAGCACAUAGGGGAGAAGCCAUAUAAAUGCAUGGAAUGUGGAGAAAGCUUCAGUUGGAGUGGCAGUCUACGUUCCCAUCAAAGGACCCACACAGGGGAGAAGCCCUAUAAAUGCAUGGAAUGUGGAAAGAGCUUCAGUCAGAGUGGCCAUCUACGUUCCCAUCAAAGGACCCACACGGGGGAGAAACCACAUAAAUGCUUGGAAUGUGGAGAAAGCUUCAGUCGCAGUGACAGCCUACGUUCCCAUCAAAGGAAGCACACAGGGGAGAAGCCCUAUAAAUGCAUGGAAUGUGGAAAGAGCUUCAGUCAGAGUGGCCAUCUACGUUCCCAUGAAAGGACCCACACAGGGGAGAAGCCAUAUAAAUGCAUGGAAUGUGGAGAAAGCUUCAGUUGGAGUGGCAGCCUACGUUCCCAUCAAAGGAAGCACACAGGGGAGAAGCUCUAUGAAUGCAUGGAAUGUGGGAAGAGCUUCAGUCAGAGUGGCCAUCUACGUUCCCAUCAAAGGACCCACACGGGGGAGAAGCCAUAUAAAUGCAUGGAAUGUGGAGAAAGCUUCAGUCACGGAAGUCUACGUUCCCAUCAAAGGAAGCACACAGGGGAGAAGCCACAUAAAUGCAUGGAAUGUGGAAAAAGUUUCAGUGAGAUUGGCAAUCUGCGUUCCCAUCAAAGGACCCACACAGGGGAGAAGCCACAUAAAUGCAUGGAAUGUGGACAAAGCUUCAGUCGGAGUGGACAUCUACGUUCCCAUGAAAGGACCCACACAGGGGAGAAGCCAUAUAAAUGCAUGGAAUGUGGAGAAAGCUUCAGUUGGAGUGGCAGCCUACGUUCCCAUCAAAGGAAGCACACAGAGGAGAAGCCAUAUAAAUGCAUGGAAUGUGGAGAAAGCUUCAGUUGGAGUGACAGCCUACGUUCCCAUCAAAGGAAGCACACAGGGGAGAAGCCCUAUAAAUGCAUGGAAUGUGGAGAAAGCUUCUGUCAGAGAAGCAGUCUAUGUUCCCAUAAAAUGACCCACACGGGGGAGAAGCCCUAUAAAUGCAUGGAAUGUGGAGAAAGCUUCCGUCGGAGUGACAGUCUACGUUCCCAUCAAAGGAAGCACACAGGAGAGAAGCCAUAUGAAUGCAUGGAAUGUGGAAAGAGCUUCCGUUGGAGUGGCAGUCUACAUUCCCAUCAAAAGACUCACUUGGGAGAUGCCAUAUAAAUGCAUAGAAUUUGGAGAAGGCUUCAGUCAGAGUGACCAUCUGCAUUUCCAUCAAAGGACCCACACAGGGGAGAAGCCAUAUAAAUGUACCGAAUGUGAAAAGAGCUUUAGAAAAAGUUCAGCAUACAGUAGACAUCACAGAACUCAUGUACCUCUAGAGGAGAUGGGCCUUUGAGUUUCCGAGCUCUCUCUAAAAAAGCAAGGAAAGAGGAAGGCCAGCACCUUGCUCUCUCUCCCCCAGAACUGCAGUUUGUGUGGCCUUGGCUGACGACUACUGGGAGCAGGUGUCACUCAGAGGGGCUCUUUUCUCAGGAUUGCAGCAAGCUUCGAACUUCGGCCAAGAACUCGAACACUGUUUCCAUCCUAAAUACCUUGGUGUCACCUUAGAACGAACACUAACAUAUAGGAAACACUGCAUGAACACCAAGCACAAAGUAGCUGCGCGCAACAACAUCCUGCAGAAAAUGACUGGCAACGCAUGGGGUGCAGACCCACAAUUAAUAAUUACAUCAGCCCUGGCCUUGUCUUUCUCAACAGCUGAGUACGCCUGUCCUGUCUGGCACAAGUCUGCCCAUGCAAAGCAGGUGGACAUAGCACUGAACGAAACAUGCAGAAUCAUCACAGGAUGCCUUAAACCUACACCUGUUGAUAAACUCUACAAGUUAGCUGGCAUUGCUCCUCCUGACGUGCGACGGGAAGUUGCUGCUAAUGGUGAGAGAAAUAAGGUCGAACAUUGUGAAAGCCACCCACUGCAUGACUAUCAGCCUCCUCCCACCAGACUCAAAUCAAGGAAGGGCUUCAUGAGAACCACCACUCCUCUUGAUGUUCCUCCAGCAACAGCAAGGGUGUCCCUCUGGGCAGCUAAACCUGGCAAUCCCAACUGGAUGACCCCCCAUGAGGGUCUUCCUUCCUCCAGGGGCAAACCAAGAAUGGGCAACUUGGAAGUCCCUGAACAGACUCAGAAGCGGAGUGGGCAGAUCUAAAGACAACUUGGCAAGAUGGCACUACCUGGAGGAAUCCUCCACCUUGUGUGACUGUGGAGCAGAACAAACAACUCCGCAUAUGUAUGCUAGCCCACAAUGCCCUGCCUCAUGUACGGAGGAGGAGUUGUCUAAAGCUACGGACAAUGCGGUUGCUAUUGCCCGCUUUUAGUCCAAAACUAUUUAGUUGCUUGUGAUUUCCUUUUUUUCAUCAUUUUAAAAUGAAAUUGUUUGCAAUGCUUUUUGACACGAAAUAAAUAAAGCAAGCUUCGAAGGGAUUCACCUAACUUCCUCCCCAAGGAGACCCAUCGCAGGCUUCUAUGAUGAUCUGUGAACAUUUGCUGAAAUGCGCAGCAGCUGAGAUCUCGGGAUAAAAGGUUCUGAAAAAGAAUAGCUCUUUGGUUGCAGAUAACGUCAUAUCUUCAUACUCCUGUCUCAUGUCUUGGCUCUGCUUCAUUCAACGGCAUUGAAUGUUUGCUGUGCAUGUGUAUUGUGUGGACUGUGAUCUGCCCUGAGUCCCUUUGGGGAGAUAGAGCGGAAUAUGAAUAAAGUGUUGUUAUUAUUAUUAUUAUUUUGGGCUCUAGUUCUGUACCUGUAACCUUUUUCUGGACUUUGUUGUAUACUGAAUCAUUGACUCUAAAUUCUGGACUGACGUCCUGGUUUCGUUUAUGGACUGGACUUUGUUUGUAUCCCUGACUUGCUGGCUUGAUUUUGGGACUCUAAAUUCGGUUUGCACUCUUGAUAUCUUGGUUGUUAUUUGAUGAAAUCUGCUUAAUGAACUCUUGGCAUAUGACUAUUGGUCUGUAUCCUUGGGUCUUGUUUAUUUUUGCUCCUGACCUGGAUCUGCAGUACUCGACUUGUCUGCAUUAAUUGGACUCUUGACCUGCACUUGUGUUCAUUGUUCCUUCGACUGUGUGGCUCCAAUUGCAUUAUUUUUAGCCCAGUGGUUUCCAACUAGGGAUCACUUGACCAGGGACCACUCUCCAAAAUUAAUACCAAAAGGGUUACAACUCAGUUUUUGGUCAACUUUAGAUUCGGUUUGGUUAUUUGGGGUGCUGAUUCAGAAAAUGGCAUUGGACAGACCACAUCAGCUCUAGUUCCUGAUACAGAACACAUGCCACCCAGUAGUCGCCAUCUGCUCGCCCACAGAAAACCAUAUUCAAUAAACCUCGGCACUAUAAGAGGGUUUUGCGAGACUACUCGCUCUCAUUGCAAUGGUGUAGUAAUGGUGAGGCCGUGGACCCUAUUUAAGCUCUUCCGGACCAUUGGUGGCCCACGGACCACAGGUUGGCAACCACUGUUUUAGCUGGACCAAAGACUUCAGUUUUCCUGUAAGUUAAUAUGGUCUUGGCUUAUCUUGUGUUUGUUUAAUAAACCUCAGAGUUUAUACUAGGAGAGCCCUGGAACACGAGACCAUCACUCUUCAUGUGCAUUUAUCGUUGCUUACAAUGAAUCAUUUUUGGUAUUUGGGACUGUUUAAUCCCCACCUUUGGCAAAGGGUCCAUUAGGAUACACAACAUAUCUCCCUAACAGCAGGGAAUGGAAGGCAAAGAAUGAUGACAACGACUGAUGUACAUUCAUGAAUCAGUUCAGAUGGACACAUUAACUAAAUUGAUGAAGUAUAGAGUAUAGAACAGUAUUGAAAGGAAAUCGAGUAAACAGAUAAUCAUAUAGUGAGUGAGAGGUUUCUAGACUGUGGUUUGGGGUCCAUUAAUUUUGAUCUUAUUGUGCAAAGUGUGUGUCCUUGUUCCCUUUAUAUUUGUUAAGUAGUCCUUUUUUUUAAAAGGUACCAAAAUUAUAAUUUGUGUAAAAAAAAUUAAAUGCCAAAAUUGUAAUUUGUGUAAAAAAAAUUAAAUGCCAAAAUUGUAAUUUGUGUAAA